ACAUGUGCGCAAUGGUGCGGUGAUUGCACGCUGCAGCCAGCCUGAAAUCAGCUGGUGGGGCUGGCGAAAUGCUGACGACGAGUAUCUUGUGACAUCUAUUGCCAAAGCCUGUGCCUUGAACCCUGGAGUAAAGGUAUCCGGUGGCAUGCCACAUAAUGGGAGCAGCGACGGCAGUGAGGCCUGCGAUGCUGACUUUGACUCGUCCCUGACUGCGUGUUCAGGUGUGGAGAAUACAGGAACUCCUCAGAAACUGCUGAUUCUUGAUGCCAGGUCCUACACUGCAGCUGUGGCCAACAGAGCAAAGGGAGGUGGCUGCGAAUGUGAAGAGUAUUACCCAAACUGUGAAGUUGUGUUCAUGGGAAUGGCCAACAUCCACUCCAUCCGGAACAGUUUCCAGUAUCUGCGUGCUGUAUGCAGUCAGGUGCCAGACCCCAGCAACUGGCUUUCAGCCCUAGAGAGUACCAAGUGGCUGCAGCACCUUUCUGUCAUGCUGAAGGCAGCAGUGCUGGUCUCCAGUGCGGUUGACAGAGAAGGGCGUCCAGUACUGGUUCAUUGCUCAGAUGGCUGGGACAGGACUCCGCAGAUUGUAGCACUGGCAAAGAUUCUUCUGGACCCUUACUACAGGACCAUGGAGGGCUUCCAGGUGCUUGUUGAAUCAGACUGGCUGGAUUUUGGUCACAAGUUUGGUGAUCGCUGUGGUCAUCAGGAGAAGGUGGAAGAUCAGAAUGAGCAGUGCCCAGUUUUUCUCCAGUGGUUGGAUGCUGUUCAUCAGCUUCUGAAGCAAUUUCCUUGCCUCUUUGAAUUUAAUGAAGCUUUUUUGGUGAAGCUGGUGCAGCACACGUAUUCCUGCCUCUAUGGGACCUUCCUUGGGAACAGCCCGUGCGAGCGAGAGAUGCACAACAUCUACAAACGUACCUGCUCCGUGUGGUCCCUCUUGCGGGCUGGCAAUAAGAACUUCCACAAUCUUCUCUAUAUGCCAGGGUCUGAGCAGGUGCUGCAUCCAGUGUGCCACGUGCGAGCGCUGCAUGUCUGGACAGCAGUAUAUCUCCCAGCUUCCUCACCGCAUCCUCUGGGACAGGAUGAUAUGGACAUUUACCUGCCCCCUGGAUCUCAGAGCCAGGAGUUCAGUGGCAGAUGUUUGGACAGAUUACCAAAGACAAGAUCUAUGGAUGACCUGCUCUCAGCCUGUGACUCCAGCAGCCCACUGACCCGCACAUCUAGCGAUCCAAACCUGAAUAACCACUGUCAGGAAGUCCGGGUGGGCCUGGAAGCCCGGCAUGCUACCACUGAGGGCGCUGAGCCGCACUUGGGCGAAGGCAAUGCGGUGGCUGCAGGAGAGACACGGAAGGUGGAGGAGCAAGAGGAAAAUGCUCCCCUGCAAGCCAACAACGCUUGUAGCAGCCGUGCUGAGCACGAAGGGCAUAGCAAGCAGCUGAGCAGCUGGGCUUCUGUGCCAGCAAGCAGUGUCUCUCUGGAGGCAGAAAAGGGAAACGGAACAUACAUGGAGGAACUGGAUGGCACAUGUCCAGCUCCAAAUCCUUCUGGACAGGAAGAUGUUGACAGGGUUUCCAUCAGUUCCAGAAAGCAGUUAGAAACUGGUCCCCAGGAACCUUUGGAGGCUACUGGCAUGGUAUUCAAUGGAGGAAACUGCCCCAAGAGGAACACCACCUGCCAAGACAUUCCCAGCCAGGAGUCCCUAGCACCAAGUGCCCCUUGUCAGGACAUCCCAGGCCCUGCCCCGGGCAUCCCCUGCCCAGAUGAAGACAGUGGCAAAGGCAGUGCUGGAAGGAGUGUGCCCUGCGAGGAGCCUGGCCAGCUGGGGAGAGUCCCACUAGAGCAAUGGUGCAAGCCCAUUUCCCAGAGCCAGAGCAGUGAGUUCUCCUUCCUGGGGUCCAACUGGGACAGUUUUCAAGGAAUGGUGACAUCACUCCCCAAUGGGGAGCCUGCACCCAGACGCCUCCUCUCCUAUGGCUGCCGUAGCAAGAGGUUGAGCAGCAAAUCUCUGCGGGCACCAGGCCUGUGCCUCAGUGGCCAGUGGUCUGCCAGAGAAGGUGCAAAACCCUCAGUCUGCUCUGGCCACGUCGGCACGCAUUUUGCAGGCCCCACAGGGAAGCCCAGCUGUUUGUGGCUACCCUGCCACCUGAAACAAGCAUCUGGUCCCAAGCACAUGCUGCCAAAAUGUCCUUCUCCUGUGCCUCCUCUCUACCUGGAUGAUGAUGGGCUCCCCUUCCCCACGGAUGUGAUUCAGCACAGACUGCGGCAAAUCGAAGCCAGCUACAAGCAGGAGGUGGAGCAGCUGCGCAGGCAGGUGCGAGAGCUGCAGGUGACAUGUCUGAAGGAGUCGGACGGCAGCGACACGGAGGAUUUCUGUUCUGAUCAUAGUGAAGACUGUUUGUCAGAAGCGAGCUGGGAGCCUGUUGAUAAGAAGGAGACUGAGGUCACACGGUGGGUUCCAGACCACAUGGCCUCACAUUGUUUUAACUGCGAUUGUGAAUUCUGGCUGGCCAAACGGAGGCAUCACUGCAGGAACUGUGGGAAUGUAUUUUGUGCUGGUUGCUGCCAUCUGAAGUUGCCCAUCCCUGAUCAGCAGUUGUACGACCCUGUCCUCGUUUGUAACUCCUGUUAUGACCACAUCCAAGUGUCUCGUGCCAGGGAGCUCAUGAGCCAACAUCUGAAGAAACCCAUUGCCACAGCUUCCAGCUGAAUGCCAGACAAAGGACCUGUCUAAGCCCAGCCUUUCUCUCAUGGGUUUGAAGGGUGACUCUGCCUCCACUGUAAUUGUGAAGGCUGUUGGUGCAACACUUGAACACCAAGCUUGAAUGCACUGUCUUCAGCAGUCUUACUAUCAGUCUGGAGCAGAGGAGCUCAGAUACUCUCUAGAGUAUGGUGUGUGUCCUCACUCUGAUCCUGGUGGGCCCAUACAUUGUAGUCUUAUGACCUAGGGCUAAAGAGGGUAUUGCAACCUCUUUCUCUUGUGGGCUGGAAAGCAAUGUCUUCACAGAUACUGCCUGUGCAAAGUACCCCCAAAGCAAUAGAAAGGCAUGUUUAGAACCAACCCCCCCUACAAAGGCAGGCUGCUGUACGAGAAGGAAGCAGGCAGACUCCAGGUGGUACUGUGUGCUUUGGAAGGGCCUCAGCCUGGAGCAGUUCUGUAGAGUCUCUUUCCAUGAGUGUG